CUAAGGAGGAAAAAAUGUUGCUUCAGUGAGCGUUGUUUACAAACAAUGGUAGCAGAGCCGUAGAAUAUAUCACAUCUUUUAUUGUUUCACUUACGCCGUGUGUUUUUUAAAAGAAAUGUUUUUUGAAAGGAAAGGUGUUUAAUUUAUUGAUAUUCUUUUAAGAAUAUAUAAGAUUUUACCGAAUUUUUAAGAUAUAAAUUAUUAAGAUAUAAAUUUUCAUUGUUCUAAAAUUCUUUUGAACGAAGAUGCAGUGCUAUAUGAGCAAAAAAAUAGCUUUACCAAAAAGCAUAAAUAUGAAGUCAAUAGCCUGGAAUAAAACCCAUGGUUAUAUUGCUUGUGGAGGUGAAGGUGGACUUCUAAAAGUAUUAAAACUUGAGUCUCGUAGAGAAAUUUCAGCCAGUGUUGUCAACUCAUCAAGUUUAUCAACAAAUCAAAGUUUAGAAGGCCACACAGGAAAUGUGUCACUUGUCCAGUGGAAUGAGCCGUAUCAAAAAUUAACUUCUUGUGAUACUAAUGGAUUUAUAAUGGUUUGGAUGGAGCAUAAAGGAAUUUGGUAUGAAGAAAUGGUUAAUAACAGGCAGAAGUCAUUAGUGCGAGGAAUGGCAUGGAAUCAUGAUGGGCAAAAAAUUUGUAUAAUUUAUGAUGAUGGUGUCAUCAUUGUUGGAUCUGUUGAUGGAAAUAGAAUAUGGGGAAAAGAACUUAAAGGAUUAAACUUAACUUGUGUGGAGUGGUCUCCGGAUGGACGGUUUUUACUUUUGGGGUGCAACAAUGCCGAGGUUCAUAUUUACGAAUUUGGUGGAGCGUUUGUAGGUAAAGUUCCGAUAACAUCGAUUGAUACCAAGAAAAAGGACGAUUUGAUAAUGAUAAGCUGGUUUAAGAAACAAAAGCAUCCUGACAUACCAUCUUUAGCCAUAGUUUUUGAAAGUGGUACAAUUCAGUUAUUGAAAAAUGAAAAUGAUAAUGCUCCUGCUGUAAUUGAUACAAACCUUGUUAUAAGCUGCUUGGAAUGGAAUUUCAAUGGUAGCAUUGUUGCUGUUGCCGGGAAAAAAGAGAAAAUUAAUCAUCCUGAUGAUAAAUCUCAUGAAGUUAAAUUUUAUAAUGCAUUUGGAGAGAUUAUUCAUAUACUUCGAUUUGCUGGAAAUAUAUGUGGACUUUCAUGGGAAGGAAAUGGUCAAAGAAUUGCUCUAGCUGUUGACUGUUACAUAUUUUUUGCUACAAUUCGCCCUUAUUAUGAAUGGUGUUAUUUUUCUAAUACACUGGCUUAUGCUUUCAGUAAGUCACAUGAUCAAAAGGAAAGUACAGUUAUGUUUUGGAAUUCGAACACUAAAGAAAAACACAUAAAAUUGGUGAAAAACCUCUUUUCUUUGGCUUCAUAUGGAGAUUUUUGUUGUAUAGCCACAAAGAGCGAGGAUAUUUCUAAAGAGUAUUCUCUUGUUGUGUGCAAUGCGAUUGGAUCACCAAUCGAUUCCUGCAACAUUAAUUUAGAACCUCGCCAACUUUGUAUGAAUUCUUCUGAUGUUUUUGCUUCUACAAAAAAUGCUUUUUGUAAAUUUCAUUUUCAUUCACCAAAAAGCAAGUCAUUAAUGCAGUUUACUUCUGAAAAACCAGGUUUAUCAGAAGAGAGAUGCAUUGUAUAUGAUUUUCCAGUAAUAGGGAAAAAUUACAGCGAUGAUUACAAAAAUAUAAAUGCAAAAGCUAUAUGCUGUAUGACAUGCAGUGAUGUGACAUUAGCACUGGCAGAUGUAACUGGAUGCUUCUUCCUGUAUUCAUUACCAAAAGUCUCUUUAGUGUCAGUAAUUCAGAAUUCUCAGCAUGGAAUACCUUCUAAAAUUGCUAUGAAUUGCUCAUCUGAAAUAAUAGCCUGCAUCAAUAUUUAUGGAGAAAUUACUUUUCACUCGGUAUCAGAAUAUUAUAAGAAUCAAGCAGACACGAAGACUUUGAGCUCCAAAAAAAGUUCAGACCUACUUUCAUUGCAUUUUUCUGAUUUCCAAUCUGAAACAAGGUCGAGAAACAAAGAAUUUGGAUCUGAUUUGGAAACACAGUUUUCCAGAACUAAGGAAUCUGACUUAUCUUCGGAAUCAAAUGGCAUGAUUCUCGACAAUAGCAGGGAUGGCGAUGACAACAGUAAUUUUGCUCGUCAGGCCAAGUUCAAGAACAAAAAAGAACUAUCAGAUUCUUUAGCAACUCUUGGAGAAACACAUGAUUUUAAUUCCUCAAAAAUGUUUAAUGACCACCGGCAGAGAAAUUUCGGCAAAAGCAAGUUCAACGAUAAUGCUAGAACUAAGAAUCUAUUCCCGGUAGUAUCAAAACCAUUGGAUUUUGAUCGAAAAUGUGCAUGGGAUAUUCAAUUUGCUUCAGAUGAUGCUCAGAUGUGUGCAGUUAUGGACAAAAUGCGAAUGUAUAUUUAUAGAAGUACAGAACCUGAGGAGCCUAUGACUUGCUCAGCGUAUAUGUGCGAAUUCAAAGAUUUGGAGGUUAAAGCAGUUAAACUGACUGAAUUGAUGGAAAAUCCAGAUGAACCUGAAGUUGGUUACUUUUUCAAGAAUGAUGUCAAAUCACUUAGAGAUACACGAAAUUUAAUAAGCAAUGUUGGACUAAAAGAUGCUGCUCAAUUUAUAGAAGAAAAUCCUCAUCCUCGCUUGUGGCAGUUAUUGGCUGAAGGGGCUUUGCUGAAAAUGGAUUUCUCAACUGCUGAAUCUGCAUUUGUUCGCUGUAAAGAUUACCAAGGAAUUCAGUUUGUUAAAAGCAUUCUAGAUAUUAAUAAUGAAACUAUUAGAAAAGCUGAAGUCCAAGCUUAUUUUAAGAAAUACGAUGAAGUUGACAGAAUAUAUUUGGCAACUGACAGAAUAAUGUCUGCGAUAGACCUUCAUCGUCUUCUUGGAGAUUCAUUUCGAGUGAUUGAAUUGCUCAAAAAAGGAGGGGACCUUUUAGAAGUAAGUGAAAUGGAAGAGGCAUGGAAUGGUGUGGCGGAUUAUUACUUUGACAGGCAAAUGUGGAAUGAAGCUGUAAAUUAUUAUGAAAAGGCUCAUAAUGAAGCACAAAUUGCCGAAUGUUAUUACAUGCUUGAGGAUUAUGCUGGAUUAGAGCGACUUCUUAAUGACUUACCAGAAAAUCAUAAGUUAUUGCCUGAACUUGGAUCCAUGUUUUCAUCUGUUGGCAUGUGUGAGCAAGCCGUCUCAGCUUUUGUUAAGUGCAACAAAUUAAAUGCUGCCAUUGAAUGCUGUACAACUCUAAAUCAAUGGAAGAUGGCUAUAAGUUUAGCUCAAAAGUAUGAUAUCAAAGAUGUUGAUACGCUUCUAUCUCAAUAUGUUGUUUAUCUGAAGCAAGAAAAAUCUAUAUUUACUGUUGUUGAGCUUUAUAAGAAAGCUUGCAAGUUUUUGAAUGCAGCUUUGAUGCUAUAUAAGUUUGUUAAAGAUUUGCCGGAGAAGCACAAAGAUCCUUUACUUCUGAGGAAAAUAUAUGUUCUUAUCGCCAUUCUUGUUGAAGAGUAUAAAUCUAAUAGAAAAGUCGCGAAUUUCGACAGAAGUGAUAUUACAGAUUUAGGUAUCAGCCUUGAAGAGGAAGUUGUUCUACAGAAUGUAGCUCCUCGACUUAUAGAUGAUCCAUGGAGAGGCGCGAAAGCUUAUCAUUUUUUCAUGCUUGCUCAGAAGCACUUAUAUCAAGGGUAUAUGGAUGCUGCAAUGAAAACUGCUUUGCAUGUUCGAGAAUAUGAAGACAUUUUGAACCUCAAAGAUAUAUAUUCACUUCUUGCAUUGUCCAGCUGUGCAAAUCGUGCAUUUGCCACUUGUUCUUCUGCCUUUAUGAAACUGGAGUCUUUAGAAACUGUUUCAUCAGAAGAGAGAUCCAAAUAUGAAGCUUUGGCUGCUGAAAUUUUUAUAAAGCAUCCACCCAAAGACAGUAGGAGUAGUAUGGUUCAUUGUAGAGGGUGUGCCGAAUCUAUUUCAGAUUGGUACACAUCGUGCCCAAACUGUACUCUUAGUUUUCCUAUAUGUGUUGCAUCUGGAAGACCUAUAAUGAAUCCCAGCUUACAGUGGACCUGUUUACAAUGUCAUCACUCUGCAUUUAAGCAGGAAAUGCUGACAAGAACAUGUUGUGCUUUAUGUCAUUGUACCCUUUUAAUACCAGUGUAAUAAAUAUUAAAAAGACAAAA